AGUGGUCGCAUCGCGCAAAGUACGCGGCACCAGUCGGAAUAUUUAAUAUUUAUUCGCACGGCAGAGUAUAAAAGAUAUAUAUAUAAGCGGAAUCUGUGAGGAUAAUUGCAGGUUUGUUCCCUACCCCCCCCCCCCAACUCAUGAAUAUACACGCGCGCAUAAGAAAUCGAUCUUUAUUACCGCGCGUCAUAAAACGAUUAUCGGCGAAUCAAAUCGUAAAAUCUGUGUUUGAUCCGCGGUGUAUACAUUAGGUGGUCGAUGUUGACAGCGGGUGGCAGCGAUAUAUAACGUGAAAAAUAGCGCAAAAUGAAGCGUUCCAACUCUUCGUUGUACACACCGAGAGAGCGCAUGACGUGUGACUUGUAGAUUUCGUUAAUAAAAAUAAAUAAAAGUCCAAGUCAAACUUAACGGUGAGGAGGAUUCGUGAGGGCGAGCAAAGCAUCUUCCUGUCCGCCCGCUCUAUAACCUCACCGCAGCGCUAAGCUAUCACGCCGUCGCAUUCAAGAUCGACGUCAAGUAACGAAGAGAGAGAGAGAGGCAAGGCGGGAGAUACGAAGUUUGUGGCAGCAGGUGGCGGUGGUGGUGGUUGCAAUGGUUCUCAACUCGAUCCACUGGUUCCGCAAAGGGCUUCGUCUUCACGACAACCCGGCGCUGCGCGAGGCUCUGCAGGGCGCCGACACGGUCCGCUGCGUCUACAUCCUCGACCCCUGGUUCGCGGGCGCCUCCAACGUGGGCAUCAACCGGUGGAGAUUCUUGCUUCAAAGUCUGGAAGACCUGGAUGCCAGCCUUCACAAGCUCAACUCACGUCUGUUUGUGAUUCGCGGGCAGCCUGCAGAUGUCUUCCCACGCCUCUUCAAGGAGUGGAGCAUCAGCCGGCUCACGUUUGAAUACGACUCCGAGCCAUUCGGGAAGGAGCGUGAUGCGGCGAUCAAGAAAUUGGCAUCAGAGGCAGGUGUGGAGGUGCUGGUGCGCAUCUCCCACACUCUCUACAACCUUGACAGAAUAAUCGAGUUGAACGAAGGGCAGGCACCACUCACAUACAAGCGCUUCCAGGCGCUGGUGAGCCGCAUGGAGCCGCCCGAGAGGCCCGUGGGAACCAUCACGAGCGAGGUGAUGGGCCCCUGCCGCACGCCGCUCUGGGAGGACCACGACGAACGCUACGGGGUACCUUCCCUCGAGGAGCUCGGUUUUGACACUGAUGGCCUAACGACUGCCGUCUGGCAGGGAGGCGAGUCCGAGGCCCUGACCCGCUUGGACAGACACCUCGAGAGGAAGGCAUGGGUGGCAAACUUUGAGCGCCCAAGGAUGAACGCCAAUUCGCUGUUGGCGAGCCCCACGGGACUCAGCCCAUACCUGCGAUUUGGCUGCCUUUCCUGCCGACUUUUUCACUACAAGCUCACAGAGCUCUACAAGAAGGUGAAGAAGAACAGCUCUCCACCGCUUUCACUGUACGGCCAGCUCCUGUGGAGGGAAUUCUUCUACACAGCCGCCACCAACAACCCCAAGUUCGACCGCAUGGAAGGGAACCCCAUCUGUGUCCAGAUCCCCUGGGACCGCAACCCUGAGGCCCUUGCCAAGUGGGCGGAGGGCCGCACAGGCUACCCCUGGAUAGAUGCCAUCAUGACACAGUUACGGCAGGAGGGCUGGAUCCAUCACCUGGCACGGCACGCAGUCGCCUGCUUCCUGACGCGCGGGGACCUCUGGGUAUCUUGGGAGGAGGGCAUGAAGGUAUUUGAGGAACUGCUGCUGGAUGCCGACUGGAGCGUGAAUGCAGGCAGUUGGAUGUGGCUGUCCUGCUCCUCCUUCUUUCAGCAAUUCUUCCACUGCUACUGCCCAGUGGGAUUUGGCCGACGCACCGAUCCAAACGGGGACUACAUACGCCGCUACAUUCCGCUGCUGCGAGCCUUCCCGGCCAAGUAUAUCUACGACCCGUGGAACGCUCCAGAGAGCGUACAGAAGACGGCACGCUGCAUAAUCGGCGUGGACUACCCCAAGCCCAUGGCCAACCACGCCGAGGCCAGUCGCCUCAACAUCGAGCGCAUGAAGCAGAUCUACCAGCACCUGUCACGCUACCGCGGCCUCUGUCUGCUGGCGUCUGUGCCCUCCAACGGCAAUGGUGGGAUGUCCUGCUAUGGCCAGGGUGAUGGCCACCCCAGACCCAGCAGCACUGCAGGAUUUGGCACAUCGGAUGGAAGUGCAGGUGGGAACGGUGGAGAUGAUGGAGCCACUUGCUCCUACCAAAAGGACCAACAGCCGUGCGCAAGUGGCUCACUGCGACAGCAACCGAGAGAAAUGGCGGCGCCAGCUGUUGUAGGCAGCCCGGGUGCGAUGGACCCCCUGGGGGUGCUGAAACGGGACCGUCUGUGCCGCAUGGAGCCCGGCGAAGACCCUCCUCGCAAGAAAAUCCCAAAGCACCGUUCGAGCGAGAGCAUGGCGGGUAACUGAACAUCAACUGUUUGACGCUUAUAGAAAUGUAACAGAAAGCUUAUCGUGGGAUGCAAAAGAAUUCCACAGAAGAUAAACCCUCCAAUCAUCAGUUAACAUUGAAGCUCAAGUGAACAUGAGUUGAAGUGUAUAAAAGCGCAUCUGGAUUUCUUACGACACUACCAACAGUGUCACUUUACAGAGGAAGCUUGCAGGUCAAAGCGACUCGUCACGUGUCAACGUGUCUAAGGAGGUGUUGAAAUUUUGUAACCCGUAUGUUAAAUGAUCAGCACAAAAAAACAACUACCAUCCGUGCAAGCUGGUGUUUGUGAACCUAUAAGCACCGAAAAAGAGAGAAAAAAAAGAAAAACAAUCUGGAGAUACAGAAUCCACGAGGCACAGUUCAGAAACUGUUUGUCUUGAACUGGGACUACAAUCACUGGAAACUUUGAACAACUUUCAAAAAGCCUUCAGCAUCGUGUAUCUGCUAACAGUAUUCUUUUUGUAAAACUCUGAAAAUAUGAACCCUGUAUAUAACCUUUUCAGUCGAACACCUUACAGAGCAUAUGACAUGUAACUCGUGAGUUUUUUUUGCACAACCCCCAGGUAUCUGCGCUGUUAAGUGGUUGCUUUUGCAUAGCCAUAACAAUGUGUUUCGUCUUGCCCAGCUUGGCAACUAUUCAAUACUUCACUAACUGUGGCCCCUGUAUGCUGUAAGUCAGGCAAGGGCCUCCUGACGAUAUCUCACCAUAUUGACGCGAGUGAACGUUAUCUUCAUGUAUACUGUGUCAACAACAA